UUUCAUCAUAGCAAAAUAUUCACGAGAUUGAUGCUGCAUUUGUAACGAAAUAGAAACUAUAUUUUUUUAUAAAUAGUUGCGUUAUAAAUUUGUACUCAUAUUUAGAAUAUUAAAUAAAUUGUAUAUGUGCUUAUGAGAAGCAAGUUUUGGUCUCUAAUGUCUCAACGAAGUCGUCGAAGGAACCGAAGGAAAGUGCGAAUUCCCAAUCCUCCAUCAAUUGACUGUUGUACAAUCGCAUUUGUUACAAAAUGGCGACGUAUACCACCGCUUGCCCGUCGGUUGCUGAUCGAUCUCGAGCGAAAAUUAAUGAAGAUACGGAAAACCUCGAAACCGACACGGAGAAAAAAUGUCUCGGGCAAAGAUUUGCGCAGCACGAUCUGUGUCCGUUCGUGAGUAAAAGAAACGUAAAAAAGGAUUACUGGCAAAUCUGACUAUCAAUAAAAUUUGUUGUUUUUCUUCAGGAGUUACAGUGGUCCUUCGGGAUGAAUCCGGAGGCACCGGUCAUCAAUUUAACUACCGAAAGCCGUACGUUAUUAACGUACGGCUGUUCACACGUGGCCGUGAUCUACGACUAUAGCUCGAGGAAAAUUUUACCGCUUCUAGGGCACGUCGGUAUACACUUGGAUUUGUCGCUAAACAAUGCUAAUUACUGGCAAAUAAUACUGAAGACAAAUGUUGUCCGUUUUAGCGAAACGCUGUUGAAAUGCUAUCGACCUCGCGCGAUGGCAAGUGCAUCGAUUUCGUUAAUGGACAUUAUGUCCGAACGUGUCAAGGAAAUAACUUUCAACGACGAAUGUCCGGAACAAUUUGUAUUGACGACUGAUUAUCAUGUCCUGUUCCUAACGUGGGAUGGUCGCUCUUUGAGCUACGAUUGCCCCAAAGUUAUGAGAAAAUUUCAACGCAUUGGUGUCUUCAACGUGUCAUGCUACAUUCCGAAAAUACAACAAGUAUUUACAGCGAGUACAAAUGGCUGCAUUUUAAUAUGGGACAAUGUUUCUUGCGAAGACAAACAUAUUACCGAUGAUUGCAAGAAGAAGAAGAAGCACAUAAAGACACUUAAUUUACAGAAAAGCAGUAUUACUGCUAUGAUUGACAAUGAAGGUAUGCUUGUCACGGGAGACUCGAAUGGCCGUGUUACCUUCUACGAUUAUCAAUUGAAACUUUUGUAUUGGUGCCAGAGUCGCGAUCUUGACUCCAUUCGAUGGAUAAGCUUCGAUCGCCAAUCCAAUUUGAAAGCUCCAAUAUUUGCCGUCGAUGUAUCCGAGGGUAAGCCUUAUCUCGAGAGUAUUCAUCCAGUAAUCUCUCUUUCAAGUCCUGGUAGUCCUUUUAGUAUUCAAAGUUGUUCCUUCUUAUCGUAUGCUCUUAUGUUUGAUAUCGCAGAGUGUAAAGAGGAAAGCCAAGGUUUAUGUACAACUGUAUGCUUAUCAAAGUGGAAAAAUAUAAUGUAGAUUAUCAAAAUAUUUUCAGACGUACGUCAAGAUAAUAACAAAACGGAGACAGUUUUAUCAGCACCCCCUAUAAAUGCGGAACAUAUUCCACAAAACUAUGAGGAUAAUCGAUCCACAAUAACUAACGAAACAACAGCGAGCUGUUCGCCAACGGACGCUACGCUGUGGUGUUCUCCAAUCAACGUGCGAAAUUUUCUUGCCUGUUCUUCUACGGGCGUAAUAGCACUGAUAGAAAUUCGAAAGCAGAAGUGUCGCCUUGUGUCUCGUCAUCCGGUUUCAAUCGCGACUAGCAUGGACGCUCAUCCAGAAAGCAAUUAUGUGGUUGUGGGUGACGCGCAAGGUAUCGUACAUUUAUACAAUCACGAGACGUACAUUCUGAUGAUAUCCAGGGGCACGCCGCCACUUCCGGAUUACCAAUCGAUUCUCAAACAGCAAGCGGCUGAUGAAAACAUCGUUUAUGUCACUUGUCCGCAGAGCCACGAGUCCUUGAAGGCCGUCACGGCUCUAAAGUUCUCGCCGAGAUGUAUAUACCAAACGCUUUAUCUUCUUUCAGGCGAUAUGCUGGUGUGCGGUUUAGAGAACGGGGCGAUCUGGAUUCUACAUCACAUCACCUUGGAUCCUAUAGACGAGAUACCGUACAAGCAUUCUUCGACGGCUGUUAAUAAAGUCGCUUUCACGCGGUGCGCCAAAUACAUGGCUUAUGCGGACGACGCGUUGACCGUGGUAGCGUUUAAAAGAAACGACACCGUCGCUUCGAAGGGAUCCAACAUGUGGAACUUGAUUGGAAAAUAUCACUCCCACUAUUUGCCUAUCAGAGACAUACUUUUCGGCUCGGCCGCACCCGAUUCCGAUGCGCCGCGAUUUUUUUCUUUGGGAGAGGAUCGAGAGCUCGUCGAAUACGAUCUCGCGCGAAGCGGACCAUAUCCGGUACCAGGACUUCAAAUUUUGCGUAUCGAUCAAAUCGAACAAAGCGCCGUUCCCCUUUGUCUAGCAUGGUAUCCCGAGUCCGGCACGGAAAGAUUCCUCGUGAUCUCAAAUUCCGAAGUAAUAAUCCUGCGAGUCAUCCAAGCUGACUUUACCAAGACGAUUCGCGGUACUUACUUAGGGCCGACCUUUGAAGGACCAGUACAAUACUUUCAAAUCUUAACGGACAAACUUGUUGAAAAUAAUGGCUACAUGGUGUUCGCGACCGACAGAGAAAUUGGCCUUCAACUAAUGCCUCUCGACGGCAAUCCGUACAAGGUCGUCGGCAUGACGGGCCAUCCGCAAAAAAUAAUAGGUAUCUCUGUCAGCAACAAUAGAGAAAUGCUUUUUACCGCAGGUUACGACGAUCCGUGUGUCUUAAUGUGGAAAAUCAAGCUCAGGUCCGUUGACAUAAUGGCGCGAUUGGGCGAAGAAGGGCUCUCGCCGUUUUACACUCUCGUCGAAGGUGGGAAAAAAGGAUGGUUGGCAAACGAGAUGAAGGACCAGUUUUGUUAUGCGCAGAUCUUACAUCAGGGCGAGAACACGACUGCUGCUAGAACCAUCUCCGACGCUGUGGUUGUCGAGCAGAUUCCAAAUCUGAUGCGAGCUAUUGGAUAUUUCCCGACGAACAAAGAAAUAGAGAAUAUCAUGGCAGAAGUGUGCUACAAAUAUUAUGUUGGAACCGGGAAACUUGUUGAAAAGAUCACUUUUGAAGAAUUCGUGCGACUCUUUGUGAAUCAUCGACCCGCGUUCAGAGUUCGCACACGCCACAUAAAGGAAGCCUUUUGUACUCUCGUCGAAGAGAAUUCCACCAGUAUAGACAAUCCUACUUUAACGCGAGAGCAGUUUGUGGAUAUUUUACUCGGUGGGGCAAUAUCGAAAACUUUGAUGGAAGACGAUAAGCCUAUCGGUGAACCGUUGACUUUGCAAGAGGCGUAUACGUAUCUCGAAACACUGGUGUCUCCCACCGAGGAAAUGGCCGAGACUCGGCCAAGUCUGUCGCCAAGAUCCGUGUCUUUCAAUUUCCGUUUUCUCCCGCCGGUAAUCAUCUUCCUCACGUGCAAUACGCUUAAAAACGCUGUGGAAAUGGGCGAUAAAUAAGAUA